AUGAGCCAUUGCUGUACAACUUUCCAGAUCAAGAUGUUCUGUCAACUUGAGCAUAUUGUACCCAAUGGCAAUGUUUACUUAUAUAGUAUACAAGAUUUGCUGCCAGCCUGUAUCUGCUGCUUCAUUAAUGGCGCCGAUGCUGACCCUCCUGGGCCUGUGGCUGUCGCCAAUGUUGAACCUCCUGGGCCUGUGGCUGUCGCCAAUGUUGAACCUCCUGGGCCUGUGGCUGUCGCCGAUGCUGACCCUCCUGGGCCUGUGGCUGUCGCCAAUGUUGAACCUCCUGGGCCUGUGGCUGUCGCCAAUGUUGAACCUCCUGGGCCUGUGGCUGUCGCCGAUGCUGACCCUCCUGGGCCUGUGGCUGUCGCCAAUGUUGAACCUCCUGGGCCUGUGGCUGUCGCCAAUGUUGAACCUCCUGGGCCUGUGGCUGUCGCCAAUGUUGAACCUCCUGGGCCUGUGGCUGUCGCCGAUGCUGAACCUCCUGGGCCUGUGGCUGUCGCCGAUGCUGAACCUCCUGGGCCUGUGGCUGUCGCCAAUGUUGAACCUCCUGGGCCUGUGGCUGUCGCCAAUGUUGAACCUCCUGGGCCUGUGGCUGUCGCCAAUGUUGAACCUCCUGGGCCUGUGGCUGUCGCCGAUGCUGACCCUCCUGGGCCUGUGGCUGUCGCCAAUGUUGAACCUCCUGGGCCUGUGGCUGUCGCCAAUGUUGAACCUCCUGGGCCUGUGGCUGUCGCCAAUGUUGAACCUCCUGGGCCUGUGGCUGUCGCCAAUGUUGAACCUCCUGGGCCUGUGGCUGUAGCCGAUGCUGACCCUCCUGGGCCUGUGGCUGUUGCCGAUGCUGACGAGGGUCGUGUGGCAGGAGCCUCUGGGGAACCCCAUAGUCUCCUGUCCAACGAAGCUACUGGGCCAGUGGAUUUCGGGGCGUCUGAUGGUCCCGUUAGAAAUCGAUACCGUGUUCCUGAUGAAGUUGAUCCCAACAUCGCUACCUUGUACUGUGGGGUUCGAGCACCCGAUUUCCUGUGA